UGUCGAAUUGUAUGCACUUCAUCUUGACUGUUAAAACUGUGUGGCGAGAGAAGAAAAGUUGCAGACUUUGUCGGAGUAUUGUGGGAGGAGUGAGGGAACGAGGGCUGCGGUGUAGGAGCUCCCUCGAAUUAGUGAUCUCACUCUAAUUCUCUUUUCUCUUGCUCGGUGUUGCUUCGCGACCUGCAAAACCUAACUUGCGAUCGUGUAGUGUUUCUCGCUUAACUUCGCCGACCUCCUUCCUCCUGACACACGAAUAAUGAAGGAAGUGACAAACAAACCGCUGAAACUUCAGAAUGUCUCCUCGGGAAUGAAGUCUACGAACAGCCUUCACACUCGCUCACAGGCGGAGGGACUCUGUACUCGCUACACCUGUAAUGGAUCCCUCAUGCUGCCCCGGAAGCGUGGGACCGAUCCCAGGUCCCAGGAUGAAGUCCUCAAGUUGGCAAAGGACUUCAUCGACGAGUAUUACCAGUCCAUCAAGAGGUACAACAGCGACCAGCACAGACAGAGGUGGGAGCAGGUGACGAAGGAGAUGGCCGAAAAGGGGACCUAUGACCUGACCCAGACCGUGGUCUACGGAGCGAAGCUCGCUUGGAGGAAUUCGCCCAGGUGUAUAGGCCGCAUACAGUGGUCGAAAUUACAGGUUUUUGAUGCUCGUUACGUCACCACAGCCAGUGGCAUGUUUGAAGCCCUCUGCAACCACAUCAAAUACGGGACAAACAAAGGAAACCUCAGGUCAGCAAUCACCAUCUUCCCGCCGAGGACGGACGGAAAACACGACUUCCGGGUCUGGAAUGCCCAGCUGAUAAGCUACGCUGGAUUCAAGAACGAGGAUGGGUCCUUCACUGGAGAUCCUCUGAAUGUGGAGUUCACUGAGGUAUGUCAGCGUUUGGGAUGGCGGCCCAAGGGCCUCAAGUGGGAGGUCCUACCGCUGGUCCUCUCAGCCAACGGACACGAUCCGGAAUGGUUCGACAUCCCACCGGAUCUCAUCCUGACUGUCCCUAUCUCGCAUCCUGAGUACAAGUGGUUCAGCGACCUGGAAUUACAGUGGUACGCUCUCCCAGCCGUCGCGUCCCUCUUGUUUGACUGCGGAGGCCUGGAAUUCCCUGCGGCUCCGUUCAACGGAUGGUAUAUGGUGUCGGAAAUCGGCACGCGAGAUCUGUGUGACCCUCAUCGAUUCAAUAUCUUGGAGACCGUCGGGAAACGGAUGGGCCUUGACACGAGAAGUCCAACCAACCUGUGGAAAGACAAGGCGCUCGUUGAGGUCAACAUCGCCGUUUUGCAUUCAUUCCAGCGCAUGAACGUGACGAUAGUGGACCACCACUCGGCGGCGGAGUCCUUCAUGAAGCACCUGGAGAACGAACAGAAACUCCGGGGCGGGUGCCCGGCCGACUGGGUGUGGAUCGUGCCGCCCAUCUCGGGCUCCAUCACGCCCGUGUUCCACCAGGAGAUGUCGCUGUACUACCUCAAGCCCUCGUACGAGUACCAGGAGCCAGCCUGGAAGACGCACCAGUGGAAGAAGAACAGGGACAUCAACAGGAACUCGGUGCGCAAGACGAAGCGCAAGUUCCGCUUCAAGGAGAUCGCCAGAGCCGUUAAAUUCACGAGCAAGCUCUUCGGUAAGGCCCUUUCGAAGCGCAUCAAAGCCACCAUUCUCUACGCCACAGAGACGGGCAAAUCAGAGAUGUACGCCAAGAAACUCGGCGAGAUAUUCGGACACACAUUCAAUGCUCAGGUUUACUGCAUGGCUGACUACGACCUCAUUGACAUCGAACACGAGGCUCUCGUGCUGGUGGUGACAUCGACGUUCGGUAAUGGGGAUCCACCCGAAAAUGGGGAGGACUUCUCGAGAAAAGUGUUCUACAAGUUCAAAUUCAAGGAGGAUUUUGCCAAGAACCUAUACGCCAUGAAGGUGAGCGGGACAGCGGCAGAUAUCGAUGACAUCACCAGCAGUGCGUCCUAUUGGCAAGACUACUCUGCACAAAAAAGCAUGCAUCGAAGCCUCUCCUUCAUGAGAAUGAACAGCUUGACAGAAGGGGGAGGAGGAGGUGGAGGAGGAGGCGGGGGAGGAGGAGGAGGAGGAGGAGGAGGAGGCGGAGGAGGUGGAGGAGGAGGAGGAGGAGGCGGCGGCGGCGGAGGUGCCCAGGGUUCUUCUACACCACAGGAAAAUGGAUUAGCAGCUUCCGCAAUUCGAGGAUCGGUCGCAUCUGACAUCAUGUCAGAGGAUAACUUUGGCCCACUUAAUAACGUCAGAUUUGCAGUUUUCGCAUUGGGGUCCAGCGCUUACCCCAAUUUUUGCGCUUUUGGGAAAUACGUGGACAACCUGUUGGCUGAACUCGGAGGAGAGCGCCUCAUGAAACUCACUUGUGGUGAUGAGCUGGCUGGCCAAGAACAGGCCUUCAAGCAGUGGGCUGGUGAUGUCUUCAAGGUUGGAUGCGAGACGUUCUGUCUGGACGAUGAUGUUGCGAUGAAAGAGGCCACAGCUGCUCUCAAGACAGAAACAUCAGCCACAGCGGACAAGAUUAAAUUGUCGCCUUGCUCUAAGAUGGACGACAUCGCUUUAGGUUUAUCUCGGACACACGGGAAGAGGGUUAGGUCAUGCCAAGUUAUGGCCUCGAGAAAUCUUCAUGGAGAAAAUGCCAGCAGGUGGACGCAGCAAGUCAUACUGAGCACCGAGGGAAUAAACGACCUGAGUUACAGCCCUGGAGACCACGUGGCCAUCUUGCCUGCCAAUCGGCGCCAGCUUGUCGAUGCCGUCUUGGCCAGAUUGGAAAACUGUCCGAAUCCAGAUCAGCCAGUCCAGGUCCUUUUACAGAAGGAAGUGCAUUCACUCAAUGGCGUGGUAGAAACCUGGGAGCCCCAUGAGCGACUACCCACAGCGAGUGUCCGAGUCUUGCUCACCCGCUACCUUGAUAUCACGACGCCUCCUUCGCCGAAUUUCUUGCACCUUUUGGCCGAAUAUGCUCACGACAAUGACCAACGAACAAGGCUGGACCAGCUUGCUACCGACCCACACGAAUACGAAGAAUGGAAACACCUGCGCUACCCGCACCUGAAGGAGGUCCUGGAGGAGUUCCCCAGCGUGUCCCUCGACGCCGGCCUCCUCAUCACCCGCCUUCCGCUCCUCGGACCCAGGUUCUACUCCAUCAGCUCCUCUCCCGACGCUCACCCGGAGGAGAUCCAUGUCACCGUCGCCGUCGUUCAGUAUCGCACCGAACAUGGCAGAGGCCCAGUUCACUACGGAGUGUGCUCAAAUUUCCUGAAGGAAGUUUCACCUGGGGACCACAUAGAACUCUUCGUCAGAAGUGCACCCAGCUUCCACUUGCCUCAUGAUCCCAACGUCCCGGUUAUUUUGGUGGGACCUGGCACCGGAGUGGCGCCCUUCAGAGGUUUCUGGCACCACAGAAGUUAUAAAAUGAGACACAGAAAAGAAAAGCUGGGUAAAAUGACACUGUUCUUCGGAUGUCGAACACGGGCUCUUGACCUGUACUCUGAGGAGAAAGAGACGAUGAAGAGAAUUGGGGUUCUUUCGCACGCGUACUUAGCUCUCUCGAGGGAGCCUAAUAUCCCAAAGACAUAUGUCCAAGAUCUUUUGGUCGAAGUUGGUGCUGAAGUCUACAGGCAGGUCGUGGAGCAGAAAGGCCACUUCUACGUGUGUGGCGACUGUACGAUGGCUGAAUGCGUCUACCAGAAGUUAAAGUCCAUAGUACAAGACCACGGCCACUUGUCUGACCAGGAAGUGGAGAACUUCAUGCUACAGAUGCGGGAUGAGAACAGAUACCACGAAGACAUCUUCGGCAUCACCCUGAGGACGGAAGAAAUCCACCGUCAGAAGAGAGAGAGCGCGAGGGUGCGGAUGUCGUCCAUACAGCAGGCGGGACCCGCCACGCCCACUCUCUCUCAAGGAGGGGCGUCCUUCACAUCCGUGGCCGCGGCGGGAGGUGGGGGAGGGGGCCCGAACUCCCCAAUGCCCAUCUGUGCAGAGGACGGGCCGAAUAUCCCGGGGAAUGAAUAGGGAAGGCCCCGGGGGCAGAUCGGCUUUGGCAACACCUACUUCCUCUCCUCAUUCAAGCGAUUUUCAAAGUUGUUCAAUGCUUACUUGCCAAACAACACCAAGCUUAGUUAAAUGGUUGUUGAGGCAGUUGCCUGCCUGGAAGGGUGUUAGGUGCAUAACUCUAGAUCAAAAGUGAUUUUGCUCAUGUCGAUGUCACUUGUGAUUUUCUUUUUGGCUAGAUCUUUUGGAGUGUGUCUGUUGAAGCUAAAACAUCGGUUCGUUAAUUUUAAAAUGUUAGGAUUAUUUUCCUUGAUUUCAGACUUUACCAAUAGUUCAUGUAUGCCAAUACGGGAUUGCUUGACACUGUCGUGGUGUAGAAUAUCUCUAGUGUAUUUCGGACGGUCACAAUGACCUCCAGGCCAAUUAGUGCGUGGAUUCGAAUCACAACACGGGAACUGAGGUUUCUUCGUUUGGUUUUCAUUUGGAUUCGAGACUUUUUAGUAACGUUCGUAUCUAGAAAGUAUGAAAACCUUGAGAUGUUAAGAAUUUGUUGUGACUAUUACAAAUGUUUGGGCUUCUGUAAACCAGCUCGGUAAGUUGAUGCAGUAAACAUAAACUCAGUUUGAACACUGUGUGGGUGUCCAGAUUAUUCACAUGGCCUUUUGGAUCAUUUAUGUCUGAUGUUUUAGCUUAACUGAAAAAAAAGUCUUACUAAAAUACUUGUGCCUAACAGUCCAAACCAUUUGGGGAAAAAAGCAUUGAAAAAGGGAAACAAACAAUAUUAAACGAAAAAUCGAGGAAAUGUUUUAGAAACAUUUCCAGGGGAGAAUAUCAUUCCAGCAUUCCUUUCUCGGACCUUCCCCAGUCUCCCUCCCUCCCCCCUCCCCUCUUCCCACCGUCACUCCUACCCUGUCAAGCCUAUAGCCUUUUGGCAAAGCUGAUCUGCGCUCGAUUCUCAAGCCAUUCUUUGCAAGUGUGAAUCACUGGCGUCUUUUUUCAUUGAUACAUGGGAGUUUAACUUCCUGGAAAAUGAAAACAUUUUAACUUCCUAGAAAAUUAAACAAAUUUUGAUUAGCAAAGAAGAGAACGGUUUUUGACUUUGCGAAAUAUUGCCACCAAUCUGGAAGUUAAUGAAAAUGCGUGGUACUAUAUUUUUGAUGGGACAAGUCAUUUUUAUCAAAGCACUGCCCUUUAAGAACCUAAAUUUCAUGACUGUGAAUAGAGAUGUUAUGGAUAUGAAGGAGCUAAUUUUGUUGUAAUUCGUAGGUUAAUAUUGGCAUAAAAACCUAAAAUAUGUAGCUCUCUAUUCUAAACAUAACUUUUUCUAAAAGUGUCAUUCUUUGUGAAAGUGAAAAGUAUUCAUGAAUAAUGUUGUUAGUGACAGAUUUUUUUUAAUAUAUAAGGUUAUAUCGAACCCAAAAAUGAUAAUGCAUAAUAUUAUCUUUGAACGAUUUUUGACUGUAUAAGAUUAAAUUGAUCCAGACAAUUUUUAAUACAGUAUAUAGUAUUGUAACAAAUCAACGAUGCAAUUUAUAAUCAAUGAACCAAGCAAUUGUUAACGAUUGCAUGUUAUCAUGAAUGAACCAAACAUUGUUUGUAGUUUUAGCUGAUAAUACAUUACUUAGACUUAUUUAAAUAUUGUUUGUAUCGACUGAAAGAGAGAAAAAAGUCUUUAAACACUGUAAACUUAAGAAUUAUUUGUGCCUUAAGAGCUUUAGUUAUUGAGAGUUAUAUUGAAUUUUUGUAUAUCAGUAUGGCAAUCGUCAAGUUCAUUCAAAAAGUCUCCUAGAGAAGGUCGCCUCUCAUUUCAGACGAAGUCAUUUUGGACGAAAACGGAUCAGAACUCAAAAGGGCAUCCAAUUUGUAUAGAGUUGUAACAUAUCACCUUAAUUAGUCUCUUUGGACUCGAAGCACAUCUUUGCAUUAUCUUUAGAUUUAAUAUUACGGAACCUUUCGGUCUCAUAGCUCUUUUUAUAAGUCAUGUGCGUCAUACACAAGCACUUGAAAAACACAGCGUGUGUUCUGACACUUUCAUGAUUCAUCUGAGAGAAAUGUCGCUUCCCGGUGUACAAGUGUGGUCACAGUGAUGUUGUUGUAUGUUGGGAACAUUUGCCUAGGAGGAAUAUUUUGAGAUCUCAGCUGUUCGCUUGGACCAUUACACAUUUAUGCUAAUUCAUGCGUCAUGGUUUGCAUUUGGUGAAUAUAAGAUGCAUUCAUUAUUGACAUUGGUUUUGGGGAGUAGCUCUUGAGUUACACGAUGCGAUUAAAUCGAUUUCAUCCGACUAAGAGGCGGGAAACCAUUUGACAUUUGGAGAAUCAUAUUUGAGCCGAGUUCUUUAGCGAGCGUGGCAAUCCAAUGGAAGUUUCAUUCAGGCAGACAUAGAAUUUGCAUGGGGCCAUUUUUUUUAAUGUAAAUAUAAUAUAAUGCAAUUUCAGAGUGUGAAUGUUAUUGAGAUGGAUACAGGCCUAGAUUUAUGUAUUGUGAAUGAUUAGCCAAAUUGGGUAAUGCAUUGGCAAAAUUUAAGUUAGUCUUAAAAACAUGCGACAAAAAGUUUUAUAAAAUAUAUGAUUGGUAUUGAAUGGAACACAAUAUUUACAGAUUUCGGAUCGCCUCAUAAUGAUAUCAGUGUCUUGUACUAUAUUUAUUUAUUAUAACAUUUAAAGAGUUGAAAAUAUUUGCCCAGUACAGGAUGUAGACUUGGUGUUGAUGUAAUGUCCUGUAUUUUGCUAAUUACAGUGAAAAACAUUUAUAAUUCCCCAAAGGGCAAAUGACUUCGUUAGCACAAUUCAUUCCAUAUAUGUGAUAAGAGAGUAUAGUGUAAAUAAUUCCUAAGUGAGA